AGGUCCCGUGGCUUUGGUUUUGUAUAUUUUCGACACCAAUCCGACUCGAAGGCAGCGAAAAAUGAAGCCCAUGGGAUGAAAAUCGAUGGCCGUCAUGUCAGGAUCGAUUACAGCAUAACAGAUAGACCCCAUUCCCCGACUCCUGGUAUCUAUAUGGGGCGUCCCUCAGUCAGUUACCUUGAUUCCUUUUCAGGCGUGGGGCCUAUCGAAGCCCGUCUCGUGGCCGGUACUCACGGUCCCGGUCACGAUCAAAAAGCUUUGAUGAACGCGCUUCUCAUCGAACCGGGAGAUGAUCCUAUACAUAAUGUCAUUCAGUUCUUGUUUGGCUCCACUGAGGCUACUUUACUCCAAUGUCAGAUGGCUGUGUGGUUUGGGGGGGGAGAACGAAGGCGUAUUAUGUACCGACAGCCAUGGUUAACUUAA